AGGUCAUCCCUGGGCCAAGAUUAGGUCCUUCAUUUCACUGUCCCAGACACUGUCCACUGAAGUGGCUGGGCAGUAUAAGAAGAGUUGUGGCAAUCAGAGAACCCUUGGACAUCAAGGGAAUAAAACAAGUACACUUUUGAGGAUAAGAACAUCUGCCAGCAUCAAGAUCAAGACUGUGUAACAGAAGCUAAUUGCUAGUGGGAAGAACUGUAGAUCACUCGCUGCUGAGGACAUCGGGGAAGAUUUUCUCUCACAUCACUAAAGUCAGACAUUCCAGGAGUGCAAAGACAUUGGCCCACAUAAGUAACCUGCUGCUUUUGAACACCUGAUGAUGCAUCCUUGCAAAUUCCUCUGUCUAAGUUUGGCAUUUACCUUCAUCCUGAUUCCACUGGUAUCUGCUAGACAUUGCUACUACUGUGACAUGACAGAUGCCAAUAACUGCAUGGAGAAACCAGUGUGCUGUGGGGAAAGGGAAAACUGCUUUGUUGCCCGUGGCCUUGCCCUAGGCCUCCCCCAUGUCAUCAGUAAAGGCUGUGUGCAAGCAAUCUUCUGUGGCCGUGACCAGCCUAUCAUCUACUUGGGUGUCACUUAUAAUCUGACUACUUACUGCUGUCAAGGGGAAUUUUGCAAUGCAGGUUACCCAAGGCAUGUCCAGACUCCACCAGAUGCUACCACUGUGGCCGUAUUUCUAGCUGGUUUACUCCUGCUGCUUCUUAUGUGCUGGCUACUGUAAGAUGGAAGUAAAGAAUGGAUCUCUGUCAUUGGCCUGACUUGUAACCUUUAUUCCCCUCCUAAAUACCAUUUUUUGUGGAGUGGA